GGCGCCAAAAAUAAUUUUUUUGUGGAAGCAAUUUACUCUCUUAAAAUUAUUUCUUUGUGCAUUUUUACUACUUAUAAUUAUUAAAAUAAAAUAAAUUCAGUGUUGUAAGAAUGUCGCAACGCAAUACACACAACGAUGACAACAUUGAUUCUCCUGCUCCUUCGACACCAUACGACUCCAAUUCAAUAAUAUCGCCACGUUCAAACCGUGAAGCAUCACCAGUUGGAGAUUUUGAGCCUUUUGAGAAUGAAGCUGAAAUUUUAGGGGAGAUUGAGACAGCAGAUGAAGAAUCUGAUGGCGAAGAUUUGUUUGGUGGUAACAUGGAGCGUGAUUACCUUCCAAAUCAACGUCUCGAUCGUUAUGAUCCAAACAUGUUGGACGAUGAGGAUAAUUUCAGUGACAUUAGUCAAUCAGAACGACUGGCAGCUGAAAGAGAAAUGAAUCAAAGAGAUCGUGCAGCUGGAAUUGAUCGUGAAGGACGUGAUGAAUUGUUUUACGAUAAAAGUGAUGAUGAAGGUGACGAUUUCAAUCGUAAACGUCGUCAUGCUGAGAAAGCUAUCGAAGGUGUUGAAGAAGAUAUGGAAAUGGUUGAAUCGAUUGAAAAUCUGGAAGAUACGAAAGGACAUACAAUCAAGGAAUGGGUGUCAUUACUCGGCCCACGAACUGAAAUUUCUAAUCGCUUCAAGAACUUUCUGAGAACAUAUGUUGAUGAUAAAGGUCAUUAUGUCUAUAAUGAUCGCAUACGAAGAAUGUGUGAACAAAACAAAUCAAGUUUCACUGUCAUCUUCACAGAACUUGUUCACCAUCAACACAUUCUCGCUUACUUUUUACCAGAAGCUCCACAUCAAAUGUUAGAAAUCUUUGAUAAAGUCGCAAAAGAAAUGGUUCUUUCCAUCUUCCCAACAUAUGAACGAGUAACAACAGAAAUUCACGUUCGAAUUGCUGAAUUGCCAUUGAUUGAAGAACUUCGAACAUUCCGUAAACUGCACUUGAAUCAACUUGUUCGUACCAUGGGGGUUGUUUCCGCAAUGACUGGUGUCUUACCUCAACUAUCUGUCGUUAAAUACGAUUGUGUUAAAUGCGGUUACAUCAUUGGCCCAUUUGUACAAAAUCAGAAUGCUGAAGUCAAGCCUGGAUCUUGCCCUGAAUGUCAAUCUGGUGGACCUUUCUCCAUUAACAUGGAACAAACUUUGUAUCGAAAUUAUCAAAAAAUCACUUUACAAGAAAGUCCUGGUCGAAUUCCAGCUGGUCGCAUUCCACGAAGUAAAGAUUGCAUUCUAUUGUCAGAUUUAUGCGAUCAAUGCAAGCCUGGCGAUGAAAUUGAAGUGACGGGAAUUUAUACCAACAAUUAUGAUGGAUCAUUGAACACCGAUAAUGGUUUUCCUGUCUUUGCAACAGUCAUCAUUGCUAAUCACAUUUUAGUGAAAGACAGCAAACAAGUUGUUUCGUCUCUGACUGAUGAAGACAUCGCAACAAUUCAACGUUUAAGUAAAGAACCAGAUGUUGCCAAAAGAAUCUUCAACAGCAUGGCUCCAUCUAUUUAUGGUCACGAUUUUAUUAAACAAAGUCUUGCAUUGUCGUUAUUUGGUGGUGAAUCAAAGAAUCCUGGUGAAAAGCAUAAACUUCGUGGUGACAUUAACAUUUUGGUUUGUGGUGACGCUGGAAUGGCAAAAUCUCAAUUUUUGAAAUAUGUUGAGAAGAUUGCGCCAAGAGCUGUUUUCACGACUGGUCAAGGUGCAAGUGCUGUCGGUUUAACAGCUUAUGUUCGUCGUAAUCCAAUUUCCAAAGAAUGGACAUUAGAAGCUGGCGCUUUAGUCCUUGCUGAUCAAGGAAUUUGUUUAAUUGAUGAGUUUGAUAAGAUGAAUGAUCAAGAUCGAACAUCAAUUCAUGAAGCAAUGGAACAACAAUCAAUCAGUAUAAGUAAAGCUGGAAUCAUCACAUCAUUACAAGCACGUUGUGCUGUCAUUGCAGCAUCAAAUCCAAUUGGAGGACGUUACGAUCCAAGCAUGACAUUCUCAGAAAAUGUCAACCUUUCAGAGCCAAUCUUGUCACGUUUCGACAUUCUUUGUGUUGUUAAAGAUGAAUACGACCCAAUGCUUGACAAACGUUUAGCUGAGUUUGUUGUUGCUUCACAUAUUCGUCAUCAUCCUUCAAAUCUUAAAGAUGGUGAAAAUGUGAUUUCAGAUAUCAAUGAACUGGAAUUGCCACAAGAUUUACUCAAAAAGUAUAUCGUAUAUUCGAAGGAGAAUGUCAGACCAAAGCUUUCGAACAUGGAUCAAGAUAAGAUUGCACAAAUGUAUUCACAAUUACGUCAAGAGUCGCUUGCAACUGGUUCAUUACCAAUCACUGUUCGUCAUAUUGAAAGUGUCAUCAGAAUGUCAGAAGCACACGCACGAAUGCAUUUGCGUGACACGGUUCAAGAUGUUGACGUCAACUUGGCUAUUCGAAUGAUGCUUGAAAGUUUCAUAUCAGCACAAAAAUUCUCAGUUAUGAAGAAGAUGCAAGUGACAUUCCAAAAAUAUUUGUUAUUCCAAAAGGAUUCAUCGGAAUUGCUGUUCUUCAUUCUCAGACAACUGACAUUGGAUCAACUUUCAUACAUGCGAAUCAAACAUGGAGCUAAAGCAACUCAUGUGGAAGUCCUGGAAAAGGAUUUGUUGGAACGUGCUAAACAAAUCAAUAUUCACAACAUUGGAAAAAAUCGACAAAUUAUUAUAAAAAUCAAAAUGUUUCCUGAAAAACUUAAAUUGUUGUGUUGGAAGAACUUUACACUUCAAAAACGUCACCCAAUAGCCGGAAUUCUUGAGAUUCUUUUUCCGAUUUUAGUUGUUUUGCUUUUAUCAUAUGCUCGUGAUAAUGUUGAUGUGAAAAAUAUCAAAGAGAAGAGAUAUGAUGAGUUUCAGCCAACAAAGUACUCAGGAUGCGAAAAUACGAAACAUCCUUUUAGUGUUACAAACAUAAAGCCAACAAUUGGUGUGUCACCGAAUGGAAAUCCCGCUCUAAUCAAUCUUGUGAAAUCUAUGAUUGGAAAACGACUGCCAAUAGAAACGUUUGAAAAUGCGUCGAAACUUCAAGAAUAUCUAAAGAAUGAUAACAAUUCUCUAUAUGGAAUAGAAUUCGAGGACAAAUUAUCUGAAUUCGAAGAACUUCCAAAACAUCUUAAAUAUGCUAUUCGCCUUCCUGAAGAACAUUCAAACUGGAAUACGGAUCAAUUAUAUCGGAUGGCAUUUGAUAAAACGCAAGAAGAUGCCCAAUCAGAUGCUCCACAGUGGCCUCCGUAUGAUUCAAGUUGUUUCUUAAAAUUACAAAAUGAUCUCGAACGUGCCUUCAUUAAAUCAUUCUCUAAUGCAUCAUUAGAACUUCCUAUAACUGCACUCAAACGUUUUCCAUACCCAAGUUUCUCUUACGAUGGAUUCGUAUUAAUUGCUGCAUCAUUCUUUCCACUUUUAAUCGUUUUCUGUUUAAUGCUCUCAUCAAAGAAUAUCAUUAAGAAUAUAACAGUUGAACGUGAAAGUCAAAUAAAGGAAACGAUGAAGAUUAUGGGACUUUCUUCGGGACUUCAUUGGCUUGGAUGGUUCAUAAAAAGUUUAGUGAUGAUGGAAAUUUCAUUUAUUUUCAUGCUCAUCCUGAUGUGCACAUCAGUUAUCAGUGAACGACCAAUAUUUGCCGAGAGCAAUCCAAUUUUAAUUUGGAUAUUUUUCAACAUUUAUGCAACAUCUGUCAUCACAUUUUGCUUUCUCAUAAGCGUCAUUUUCAAGAAAUCAUCAACAGCUACUAACGUCGGAACAAUUCUCUUCUUUGCAACUCUCAUUCCAUUCACACAAUUAGCAGAAUUCUUCCACACUUUCAAUUAUUUCUUCAAGAUACUUUAUUGUUUCGCUGUCAAUUCUGGAAUGGCGCAAGGAAUUCAAAUGCUUUUGAUUGCUGAAGGGGAAAAUGCUGGACUACAUUUUGGCAAUCUUUUCUCACGGAGCAUUAUGGAAAGUUUGUCAUUUGGUGAAUUAUUAGUGAUAAUGAUAAUUGGAGCAUUUAUUCAACUUGAAAUCACUCUUUAUAUUGAGAAAGUUUUCCCGGGUGACAUUGGAAUACCUGAGCCGUGGUAUUUUCCAUUCAUUCCCUGCAUUUCUUACUUAAAGAAUAAAAUGGGAUACGACACAUUAAAUAACGAUUUGUUAUUGGGACAACAUCGAAUAUCUGGAGGUGAUUAUGAAGAAGAACCAACAAAUCUCAAAGUUGGCAUAAAAACUCAAGAUUUAAGUAAAACUUUUGACAACAAAGUUGCUGUUAAUAAAUUGAAUCUCAACAUGUAUGAAGAUCAAAUAACAGUUUUACUCGGUCAUAAUGGAGCUGGCAAAACGACAACAAUUUCAAUGUUAACAGGAAUGUUUCCACCCACAUCUGGCACAGCUUUUAUCAAUGGAAAAGAUAUUCACAGUGAAAUUGAUGAAGCUCGAAAAUCUCUCGGAAUUUGCCCUCAACAUAAUAUUUUAUUUGAUGAAUUGACUGUGAAGGAACAUCUUGAAUUCUUUAUUAGAUUGAAAGGUGUUAAGGGAAAGGAAGUUGUCAAUGAAGAAAUUCAACGAUACAUAAAUUUACUUGAUUUAAAGGACAAAUGUGAUGCUCAAAGUCAAACACUUUCUGGUGGAAUGAAACGAAAACUUUCAAUUGGAAUUGCACUUUGUGGUGGCUCAAAAAUUGUUUUGUGUGAUGAGCCAAGUUCUGGAAUGGAUCCAGCAAGUAGACGAUCUUUAUGGGAUUUUUUAAUUGCUGAGAAAAAAGGAAAAACGAUUCUUUUGACGACACACAACAUGGAUGAAGCUGACAUUUUAGGCGAUCGAAUUGCAAUCAUGGCUGAAGGGAAACUUCGAACUGUCGGUUCGUCAUUCUUCUUGAAGAAAAGAUUUGGCACUGGAUACAAAUUGACAUGUGUCAAGAAGACCGACUGUGACAUAAAUUCAAUUCUUAGAGUUCUUCGUGAAUAUGCUGAUGACGUCUUCGUUGAAUCUGAUUCUCAAUCAGAAGUCGUAUUCAUAAUUAGCGAGAAAUAUUUACCAGCUUUUGAACAUAUUUUCAAGAAGCUUGAAGACAAUUCAGAUGAACUUGGAAUCUCAUCAUUUGGAUGUAAUCUUUCGACACUUGAAGAAGUUUUUCUUAAACUUGGAACAGAUUCUUAUCACGAUGAGAGUCACGCGAUUGAUCAAACUGAUACCAGUAAUCUUGGCUCAGCGACAAUGUUGUAUGACAACUCAAUGUCGUCUCAGAAAAUCCAAGGAUUUCAAUCAAUUCUUUACCAAUUUCAAGCAAUGUUCCUUAAAAAGUUUCACUACCAAAGACGUAAUUAUAAAUCUGCACUUAUCAUGCUUUUGAUCAGUAUUUGGUUAACAAUUGUAUUCAUGUCAUCACCAAAUAUUUCAAUUCUAUCAGCACCACCGCUUGACAUUACUUUUGAAAGUUAUGAUAAAACAAUAACUGUUAUCGAACAUGACAAUACGAAAUCAUCUAAGAAUUAUUUGGACAUUUUCCAAAAUGAAAUAUUUCAAGGAAAGGAUCAAAUCAAAUUGCUGGAAAAUAAUUUUGAAGAUUUUAUCUUAAAGAAAACAAAUGAAUCGCUUUAUGAAAUGAGAAGAAAUUAUUUGAUUGGAAUGACAAUAACGGAGACUAAAUUUACAGCAUGGUUUAACAAUCAUCCUUAUCAUUCUUUACCAUUAGUAUUGAAUACUGUUAAUCGAGGAAUGUUGAAGAGAUUUGCAGGCAAAGAAUUUGAUAUUUCUUUAACUAAUAAGCCUUACGUUUGGGUGGACAAUUCAAACUAUAACAUCCCAGACUUUGAAGAAGAUUCAAAUAUAAUUUCAAUUUUUGUUCUUUGCUUCUUCUUGUUGACAAACUGGCCAACAAUUUUCAUCGGUUUUUACAUCAAGGAACGAGAAUCGCGCUCAAAGUUACUUCAAUACAUUAGCGGAACAAAUCGAUUUGUAUUCUGGGCAAGUGCAUUUAUAUUUGAUUUUUUGCUCUUCAUCAUCAUCUGUUGUGGAUUGAUUGGCGGAAUUGCUUUAUAUCAGAGGCCUAACUUCUCAACUGCAAAUGAAUUGUCGUCAUAUUUUCUGAUUUUUACAGUUUAUGGAAUUUCAAUGAUUCCAUUUUUAUUCUUCUUCUCAUAUUUGUUUAAAAAGUAUUCAACUGGCGAGUCAAUGGUUGCUUUUAUUGCAAUGAUAUUUGCUGCUCUUUACGGAUGCUCUCUUUUGCUGAUAUUUGCUAAAAAAGAAUAUUACAAGUUUCUUGGGAAGUUCCUGUACUGGUUUGGCUUAUUAUUUGGACCAUUUUCUCUAGUCGACAUUUUUAAGAAGAUUGCUUUGAUGCUAAAUUUACCAGGAGGGUUCGAUAACGUCUUUACGUUUAAAGAGACUGGAAUUGGCUGGAAUCUUGUUAUGAUGAUCAUCGGUGGCGUACUUUUCAUGACAAUUUGUUUGUUAAAAGAUCACAUGCUGAUUGAAUGGUUCAUAUAUAAAUAUAUCAAGUUUUUGAAGAAACCACCGCCACUUGAUCGUGAAAAUCUUGACGCUGAUGUGAAAUGUGAAAUUGAAAUGAUUGAAAAUAUGACAAAUCAAGAAAUUGCAAACACAAAUCUGGCUUUAAAAGGACUUUCAAAAUAUUACGGUAGUCAUUUGGCAGUGAAUCAAUUAAAUUUAACAGUGGGAGCUUCUGAAUGUUUUGGACUUCUUGGUAUUAACGGCGCUGGAAAAACUUCAACAUUUAAGAUGAUGACAGGUGAUGAAAUUAUCUCACAAGGCGAUGUUUUCAUCCUAGGCUACAGCAUGAAGAAUCAAAUGUGGAAAGCUCAUCAAUUUAUUGGAUAUUGUCCACAAUUUGAUGGAUUGCUGAUGGAUUUAACAGUGAGAGAAACUUUGAAGAUUUUCGCUUUAAUUCGAGGCAUCCCACGAUAUCACAUCCCAUCGAUUAUUUGUGACUAUUCACUUGAACUUGGGUUUAAUAGUCAUUUGGAUAAAAAAGUCAAAGAAUUGAGUGGUGGAAACAAAAGGAAACUAAGCACCGCUUUGGCUUUAAUUGGAGAUCCAACUUUGAUAUUUCUUGAUGAACCGACCACGGGAAUAGAUCCAGGAGCGCGACGACAGUUGUGGAAUAUUAUUAACAAAAUACGAGAUCUGGGACGAUCUGUGGUCAUCACAAGUCAUUCAAUGGAAGAAUGUGAAGCGCUUUGCACAAAAUUAGCGAUAAUGGUGAAUGGAGAGUUUAAAUGUCUCGGUUCGACACAACAUCUUAAAAAUAAAUUCUCCAAGGGACUCAUUUUGACAGUCAAGUAUGGAAGAGAAGAUGAUGAAGCGAUGGAAGUCAUUAAAGGUCGAAUUGUUGAAGCUUUUCCAUCAGCUCAACUUAAAGAGCAGUAUUUAGAUUUCAUGACUUUUUAUGCUGCUGAAACUGACCUUAAAUGGUCCGAAGUAUUUGCAACGAUGGCAAAUAUCAAAAACGAUGUUGGACUUGCUGAUUAUGCUUUAUCGCAAACAUCACUUGAACAAGUUUUCUUAUUUUUCACGAAAAGUAGUCAAAAGAUUCAAAGUGAACCAAAUUCUCCAACGAAGAUUCCAUCACCGAAGAAGCAUCCACUUGUUCAUAAUUCCUUAGAACUAUACGGCAAAUCACUGAAAGAGGUUUUUGAAUGGUUGGAAAACACGAAAUCUACACUCGGAUCUGUUUAUCAUUUGACUUUCCAUCCAUUCGACUAUUGUGACAUUAUCAUAGUGUCAGACGUGAAAAUAGUUGAAGAUUUUCUAUCAAGCCAAAAGAUUCUGAAAAAGGCGAGUUUUUACGACUUCAUGAAUUCCUGGUUGGGUGACGGUCUUCUAAUAUCAUCUGGCAAGAAAUGGUUCCAACGACGUAAAAUCAUAACUCCAGCUUUCCACUUCCAAAUUCUUGAACGAUUCGUCGAGACUAUGGAUGAACAAGGAAAAGUUCUCAUUGAAGUUUUAAACAAAUUUAAUGGUGAAGACAUCAACAUUUAUCCAUUCAUCAAUUUGUAUGCAUUAGACGUGAUUUGUGAAUCGGCGAUGGGAUGUAAAAUUAAUGCGCAACAAAAAAAAGAUUGCGAAUAUGUCACUGCAGUUAAAGAGGUAUUUGACCCAGUAUUCAAAAUUCCUUUCCUUUAUCAACUUACAAAUUUAUAUAAGAAAGAGAAAAAAAGUUUGAAGAUCUUACACAGCUUCACUGACGGUGUCAUCAAAGCCCGAAGAGAAGAAUUGUUGAAUAAGAACGAAAAUGAAAAUUCUGGUGAAGGUUUCGGAAUCAAAAGGAAAAUGGCACUUCUCGAUCUCCUUCUUCAAUCAGCUGUGGAUGGGAAACCUUUGACGAAUGCCGACAUUCGAGAAGAAGUCGAUACAUUCAUGUUCGAGGGACAUGACACGACCACCAGUGGAAUAUCUUUUUGUCUUUACAACAUUGCAAAAUAUCCCGAAGUUCAGAAGAGAAUUCUUGAAGAAAUCAAUUCUGAAGCAAUCGACGAUGACGAAGUGCUUUCUCUGCAAAUAUUGAACCGACUUCAAUAUCUUGAACUCGUCAUCAAAGAGUCGCUUCGAUUGUAUCCAUCAGUUCCAUAUUUUUCGCGAAAGUUGACUGAAGAUCAUACAGUUGGCGCUCACACAUUUCCAAAAGGUUGCAGCGUUACAAUUUCCCCUUAUCUGAUGGGUCGUGAUGAGAAAUUAUUUCCAGAUCCAUUGAAGUUUUCACCAGAAAGAUUCAGUGUCGAAACGACUGUCGAGAAGGUCAAUCCAUUUGCUUAUAUUCCUUUUUCUGCAGGACCGCGGAACUGCAUCGGACAGAAAUUCGCUAUGUACGAACUAAAAUCAAGCAUCUGCAAAGUUGUUAAAAACUUCGAGUUGACAAUUCCCAAGGGUAAAGAAGAAUUGAACAUUUUUACUGAUCUGGUAUUGAAGACAACUGACGGCAUCACCUUGAACAUCCGAAAGCUUGUAUUAAUUGCGUUGAGUGUUGCUUUUGCUGUUUGGUACCAGUUCAAGUAUGGCCAUCGUAACAAACUGUUUGCCAAGAUUCCAUCACCGAAGAAGCAUCCAAUAUUUCAUAGUUCGUUGGAACUUUACGGCAAAUCAUUAAAAGAACUUUUCGAUUGGUUGGAAAACAUGAAAUCUCGGUUGGGACCAGUUUACCAUAUUAGUUUCCAUCUAUUUGACGAUGGUCACAUUAUGAUGGCAGAUGCAGAAAUGGCUGAAGAUAUUCUAUCGAGUCACAAAUUUUUGACUAAAGUGGGAAUAUAUGAUUUGAUGAGACCGUGGCUUGGGGACGGUCUUCUCUUAUCAUCUGGCAAGAAAUGGUUCCAACGACGAAAGAUUAUGACUCCAGCCUUCCACUUUCGUAUUCUCGAAAAGUUUGUUGAAGUUAUGGAUGAACAAGGAAAAGUUCUCAUUGAAGUUUUAAACAAAUUUAAUGGUGAAGACAUCAACAUUUAUCCGUUCAUCAAUUUGUAUGCAUUAGACGUGAUUUGUGAAUCAGCGAUGGGAUGUAAAAUUAAUGCACAGAAAGAAGAUUGCGAAUAUGUCACUGCAGUUAAAGAAUUUUUCGAUCCGAUUAAACAGAUUCCUUUCUUCUAUCAGUUUAUGGAUUUAUACAAGAAAGAGAAGAAAAGUUUGAAGAUCUUACACAGCUUCACUGACGGUGUCAUCAAAGCCCGAAGAGAAGAAUUGUUGAAUAAGAACGAAAAUGAAAAUUCUGGUGAAGGUUUCGGAAUCAAAAGAAAAAUGGCACUUCUCGAUCUCCUUCUUCAAUCAGCUGUGGAUGGGAAACCUUUGACGAAUGCCGACAUUCGAGAAGAAGUCGAUACAUUCAUGUUUGAGGGACAUGACACGACCACCAGUGGAAUUUCUUUUUGUCUUUACAACAUUGCAAAAUAUCCCGAAGUUCAGAAGAAAAUUCUUGAAGAAAUCAAUUCUGAAGCAAUCGACGAUGACGAAGUGCUUUCUCUGCAAAUAUUGAACAGACUUCAAUAUCUUGAACUCGUCAUCAAAGAGUCGCUUCGAUUGUAUCCAUCAGUUCCACUUAUUUCGAGAAAGUUGCCUGAAGAUUGUACAGUUGGCGGUUACACGUUCCCGAAAGAUGCCAGUGUUAUAAUUUCCCCUUAUUUAAUGGGUCGUGAUGAGAAAUUAUUUCCAGAUCCAAUGAGAUUUGCACCUGAGAGAUUUAACGUUGAAACGACUGUGGAAAAGCUCAAUCCAUUUGCUUAUGUUCCUUUUUCUGCUGGACCGCGGAACUGCAUCGGACAGAAAUUCGCUAUACUCGGGAACGUCUUCCAAAAUAGUGGAAAAAAUUUAAAAAUGAUUUUGAUUAUUUUAGUUAUUUUAAUAGUUUCAUUCAUUGGAUGGUACCAACUUAAGUAUGGUCGUCGCAAUGAACUUUUAGCGAAGAUUCCAUCACCGAAGAAACACCCAAUUUUUCAUAAUACUCUAGAAUUUUACGAUAAAUCGCAUAAAGAAAUUUUUGAAUGGUUGGAAAAUGCGAGGAUGACAUUGGGGCAUGUUUAUCAUAUAACUUCCGAUCCAUUCAGCAAUGGUGACAUUAUUGUGUCAGAUGUGAAAAUUGCAGAGAAUAUUCUAUCAAGCCAAAAGAUUCUGAAAAAGGCGAAUGACUAUGAUUUGAUGAGAUCAUGGCUGGGUGACGGUCUUCUAAUAUCAUCUGGCAAGAAAUGGUUCCAACGACGUAAAAUCAUAACUCCAGCUUUCCACUUCCAAAUUCUUGAACGAUUCGUCGAGACUAUGGAUGAACAAGGAAAAGUUCUCAUUGAAGUUUUAAACAAAUUUAAUGGUGAAGACAUCAACAUUUAUCCGUUCAUCAAUUUGUAUGCAUUAGACGUGAUUUGUGAAUCGGCGAUGGGAUGUAAAAUUAAUGCGCAACAAAAAAAAGAUUGCGAAUAUGUCACUGCAGUUAAAGAAAUUUCAGAAAACAUUUUUCAAAGGAUGUUCGAUAUAACAAGCAAAAUUCCUUUCCUUUGUCGGUUCACCGAUUUAUAUCAGAAAGAGAAGAAAAGUUUGAAGAUCUUACACAUCUUCACUGACGGUGUCAUCAAAGCCCGAAGAGAAGAAUUGUUGAAUAAGAACGAAAAUGAAAAUUCUGGUGAAGGUUUCGGAAUCAAAAGAAAAAUGGCACUUCUCGAUCUCCUUCUUCAAUCAGCUGUGGAUGGGAAACCUUUGACGAAUGCCGACAUUCGAGAAGAAGUCGAUACAUUCAUGUUUGAGGGACAUGACACGACCACCACAAUCGACGAUGACGAAGUGCUUUCUCUGCAAAUAUUGAACCGACUUCAAUAUCUUGAACUCGUCAUCAAAGAGUCGCUUCGAUUGUAUCCAUCAGUUCCAUAUUUUUCGCGAAAGUUGACUGAAGAUCAUACAGUUGGCGGUUACACAUUUCCAAAAGGUUGCAGCGUUAUAAUUUCUCCUUAUCUGAUGGGUCGUGAUGAGAAAUUAUUUCCAUAUCCAUUGAAGUUUUCACCAGAAAGAUUCAGUGUUGAAACGACUGUCGAGAAGGUCAAUCCAUUUGCUUAUGUUCCUUUUUCAGCUGGACCGCGGAACUGCAUCGGACAGAAAUUCGCUAUGUACGAACUAAAAUCAAGCAUCUGCAAAGUUGUUAAAAACUUCGAGUUGACCAUUCCCAAGGGCAAAGAAGAAUUGAAAAUUUUCGGUGAUUUAGUGUUGAAGACAACUGACGGCAUCACCUUGAACAUCCGAAAGCGUGCAUCUUAAUGAAAUCGUACACUCCAUUAAAAAAAGUUUAAUGCUACUUAAAUAUGACGAUGAGUUGUCCGAAUUGACAGGUUUUGAUGACGAAUUAAAUUUUAAUUAGGCAUCUUAAAUAAUAUAAAAUCCGAAUAAAGUCACUGAACCUGUU